GUGAAUAAUCUGGCUCAUCUGUGACGUUAUGUUUACUUCAAACGCGGAAAAGCAAACAGAAGAAAUUGCACAGCGGUCCGUUCUCUCUUCGUAUCUACAGAGUGAGGAUAUAAGCAUCUUACAUGCCAAUUCACGACAUUUCUUCACAAUAAUAGUGGCAGAAAACGUCAACUGCCCUUGACCAGGCUACAGCACAUACAGAGAUGGCAUCUGCAGGCUAUCAGGACAUUAAGGACCAUUUCAUAAAAUGUGGAGAAACACAAGAUGCAAGGAAAUACCUACAAAAGUUGUCUGAUGCAGUGUCCAAACAUCGUCAUGCUAGUAUUGCUCUCAAGAAGCCAAAGGGAUCAGAGUGGAAGAUUGCGGGCCUGGAUGACACGUCCUACAAAGGAGAAGAGGAAAUUAAGGAGUGGCAGAACUUCUACCUACCAGACAGUGUGAAGAUGGAGGUGUUAGGAGCUGUGGAAAACCUCCCCUACCCGACAGAGAGUGGCCAGCUGGUCAUAAUGCUGUGUGAGGACCUUCAGGUGUAUGCUUAUGACGGAGAGGAGAUGCACCUGGUCGCUCUGAGCCUGGAGGAAGUCUUUGUCUCUGGGCUUCAGUAUCCUGGCAUCAAGUCCUUCUACAGAGGGGAGUGCUUUAAGGACAUGACUAAAGAAGACUGGGCCAAGGUAAGACAGGGCAAAGUGGGGAGGAGACUUGAAAAGGAGCACCAGGAUUUACUGAGACAAGCCAAACCCAGCUUCCUGAGUUGUCUUGACUCCAUCAAAGGAGCAAGCCACACAGUCACAGGUGCCUGUAGCUAUCACAAACCAGUGGAACCUCCAACAGUACUUGAUGGACUUCUUACGGUUGAAAUCCUGUGAACGGGAUCCAAAUUCAAACAAAUCUCAUAAUUAAAAUUCCUCAAACAUACAAGUAUUAUACACCAUUUUAAAGAUACACUUGUUGUUAAUCCCACCACAGUAUCCGAUUUCAAAAAGGCUUUACGACGAAAGCAUACCAUGCGAU